AUGGUUGGCCAAGUCACUCGUCCCUGCGAGGGCAACAGAUUAUUAGUAUUCGAACCGCAAACUCUGUCUCUCGAUGCAGCUGCCUUCCAUACUCUUCAGACCACGACAGGGAAGCUGGACCACGAGUCUUCGCAUCUUCCAAACAUCAUCCUCAGUCCUCUAGUGAUUAUAACUCAUAUCAGCGAAUACAUGAAAUACCUCGAUGUCGCCUCGCCAGAGUCUAGGCAGCAAUGGGAUCAUCCCGAGAAAUCAUCGACAGAGAUCUUAGGGUUCUGUAUGGGAUUCUUGAGCGCACUAGCUGUGUCUAUCAGUAAGGAUCGCCGACAAAUUGAGACAUAUGGCGCCACGGCAAUACGACUGGCAAUGCUCAUUGGAGGAGUUGUGGAUGCACAAGAUGAAUUGGACAACCAGGGACCAUCCAAAUCGUUUACAACUGCGUGGACUUCAUCUGAGGCAGCUAAACAAAUGGGUCAGAUAUUGAAGCGCUUUCCUGAGGCAUAUCUAUCCGUCUCAUGUGACGAACAUCGGGCAACUGUGACCACUGCCGAGAGAACGGCUUCCACUUUACAGCAAGAGCUACGCCGUGUGGGUAUCAUUGCAAAUGAGAUCAGCCUUUACGGCCGCUUCCAUAACGAAUGGUAUGCAGAUGAUAUCGACCCGCUGAUCCAAUUCUGCGAGUCUCAGCCUACCCUGCACCUUCCAGAUGCAUCGGAUCUGAUAUAUCCAACCCGUUCAAACUCGGGGAGCGGCUUGAUUACAAGUGGCGGGCUCAAUGGUCAUGCGCUGCGUACCAUCCUUGUUCAGCAUUCGAACUGGUAUCAGACAUUCAAGACCCUUUAUGAUUCCAAGUUGAAGGGUCAAAAAAGGAUAGUUGUAGCGUUCGGACCGGACCGAUGUAUUUCCCCAUCGAUAUUGCGUGAACUCGAGUCAAUUCGACCGCUUACGAAUGCAUCUAAGACCCAGCCAAAGAUAAGAAAACCCGAUGAUAUUGCGAUCGUGGGCAUGCCGAUCACGGUCGCUGGUGCGGAUGAUGUUGCUGAAUUCUGGGACUUGCUCUGCGAAGCGAAAUCUCAGCACAAGGAAGUGCCUCCGGAGCGCAUCAAAUUCGAGAACGCCUGGCGGGAACUCGAUUCAAAUAGGAAGUUGUUUGGAAAUUUCAUCAACGACCAUGAUGCUUUUGAUCAGAAACUCUUCAAAAAGAACGCCCGGGAGGCUGCUUCCACAGAUCCGCAACAACGGCUGAUGCUGCAAGUGGCAUACCAGGCAUUAGAACAGGCUGGAUACUUCAACUCCCCUGACUCAGAUAAGAAAAUCGGAUACUACGUUGGUGUGUGCGCUGCUGACUAUGAGAACAACGUUGCUUGUCAUCAACCCAAUGCAUACACGGCAGUGGGCAACCUCAAGAGUUUCAUUGCUGGCAAGAUUAGCCAUUAUUUUGGUUGGACUGGUCAGGGUCUCUGCAUUGACACGGCCUGCUCCUCGUCGUUGGUUGCAGUGCAUCUGGCAUGCAAAUCAAUCCUUAGCGGUGAAUGCAGUGCCGCGCUCGCUGGGGGAGUGAACGUGAUGACCAACCCUUUAUGGUUCCAAAAUUUGGCCGCGGCGUCCUUCUUGAGUCCAACGGGCCAGUGUAAGCCAUUUGACGCCUCAGCAGACGGUUACUGUCGAGGGGAGGCCAUUACUGCCGUGUUCUUGAAAAAGAUGUCAGCAGCGAUUGCCAAUGGCGAUCAGAUUCUUGGGACUAUCUCCGGCACUGCCGUGUACCAGAACCAAAAUUGCACCCCAAUCUUUGUACCCAAUGCCCCAUCUCUCUCCGACUUGUUCCGCGAUGUUCUCGCUCAGUCAAAACUCGAACCCUCUCAAAUUACGGUCGUUGAAGCGCACGGCACAGGGACACAGGUUGGGGAUCCGGCGGAAUAUGACGGUAUUUGUCAGGUCUUAGGAGGCCGAGUCCGUUCUAAGCCCAUUGCUUUUGGGUCCGUCAAGGGACUUGUUGGACAUACUGAGUGUGCUUCCGGUGCCGUGUCUCUGAUCAAAACUUUGCUCAUGAUCCAACAGAAGGCUAUACCCCCACAGCCUAGCUACAACACUCUGAACCCACAUAUAAACGCCUCUGCUGGGGAUAACAUCGAGAUUGCUACAAAGUUGAGAAGUUGGAAUGACAACUUCCGAGCGGCGCUGAUCAACAAUUACGGUGCGUCAGGCUCGAAUGCUUCCAUGGUGGUGACUCAGGCACCCUCCCUGCCAAUCACGAAUGCCGUGAACAUGUCUAUCAUGAUCGAGUUUCCUUUCAGAUUUUACGGGAAGGACGACCGAGCCCUCCGAGAAUAUAGUGCAAAAUUCCGUCCAUUCCUCCAGUUAAAGGGUAGUAAGGAUUUGUCCGUGGCAAACCUGGCGUUCAAUGUCUCCCGGCAGUCCAACCCGACGCUCGACCGAGCCUUGCUUCUCAGCUGCCGGUCCACGGAUCAGCUAGCACAGAAAUUGGCCGCAUUUGAAAAGGGAGAUAUAGACACCGUGUCAGUCGGGCACCCAUCUUCUAGACCAGUUAUACUCUGCUUCGGGGGCCAAAUUUCUACAUACGUCGGGUUGAGCCGGGAAGUCUACAAGAACGUUAUGAUCCUUCGCACUCAUCUUGACCAGUGUGACGCUGUUUGUCGGUCAACUGGGUGUGAAAGUAUCUUUCCUGGCAUCUUUGAGAGGAUUCCGAUCGAUGAUCCGGUCAAGGUUCAAACAAUGCUUUUUGCCAUGCAAUAUUCUUGCGCAAAGAGUUGGAUUGACUGCGGAGUGCAGCCCGUUGCUGUUGUUGGGCACAGCUUUGGCGAAUUAACAGCGCUAUGCAUUUCCAAUGCUCUUUCUCUCCAUGAUGCUAUUAAGAUGAUUGCUGGCCGUGCAAACCUCAUUAAAAACGCUUGGGGUCCUGAAAAAGGUUCAAUGGUUGCUACCGACGCUGAGCUGCAUGAGAUCGAAAAGCUCUUGGCUGAAACGGGUAUACCUUGCGAAGAAGCAGGGGAGCGCCCAACCACCAUUGCUUGCUUCAACAGUCCCAGGAGUUUCACCAUUGCCUCUUCGUCUAAAAGCAUUGACAUUGUAAUUAAGACGAUUACAAAGAGUUCUACGUACUCGACGAUCAGGUUCAAGAGGCUUAACGUCACCAAUGCUUUUCACUCCGCCUUGGUCGAACCCUUGAUGUCCAACCUGGAGAAAUUUGGACAAGGGUUGACGUUCACUGAGCCCACUGUUCACUGGGAGAGAGCCACUCAAUUUCAGUCGAAUGAUCAGCCGACUUCGAAAUAUGUGGCGAGCCACAUGCGAGAUCCUGUUUACUUCAGCCACGCCAUUCAGAGACUCUCGAAGAAGUAUCCGUCCUGUAUCUGGUUAGAAGCUGGAUCAAAUUCUACCAUCACAAACAUGGCCAGCCGAGCCCUGCAAUCGCCGGAGACGUUCUGCUUCGAACCGAUGAAUAUUGCUAAUGAUAAUGGGUUACAACAGCUGAUCAACGCGUCUGUCGGUCUUUGGAAAGAAGGCUUGAAUUUCACUUUCUGGGCCCAUCACCGGUUGCAGACUUACGAAUACACGCCUUUGCUUCUGCCAUCUUAUCAGUUCGAAAAGACUCGGCAUUGGAUGGAACCCAAGGCUCCACCCAAGUCUGAGGAACCCGUCAGUGAACAGACACCGGAAGAACCAAAGGGUCUCUGGAGCUUCGUUGGAUACCAAGAUGAUGGAAAGCAAUUCGCUCGGUUCCGCAUAAACAUGGUGACUCCUAGGUACCAGGAGUUCGUGUCGGGCCAUGUCAUUGCACAGACCGCGCCGAUCUGCCCGGCCACACUUGAAGUUGACAUCGCGCCAAAGAUUUAUAAUGUGGACAAUCAGGCUCCUAUCUGCAUCGAUCCGUCGCGAUCCGUUUGGCUUGAUGCUCAAGCAAAUGAUGCCAGCCAUUGCAAUUGGGAAUGGAAAAUUGUCAGUGACAGCUCGCAGAAUGCAUCGUUGACUGUGCACGUCACGGGCAGAAUUGUUUUUGUCUCCGUCGAUGAUGCGGAAUGGCGACUCGAAUUCUCCAGAUAUGAACGCCUGAUCGGGUAUCACCGCUGUUCGAAUCUUCUUCACAGCGACGAUGCGGACGAUAUCAUUCAGGGUCGUAAUAUUUACAGGGCGUUUGGCGAAGUUGUUGACUACGCAGAGCCGUAUCGCGGUCUGCAGAAGCUUGUGGGCAAGGGUAACGAGUCCGCUGGGCGUAUUACUAAGAAGUACAGCGGCGAGACUUGGCUAGACACACACCUUUCCGACUGCUUCGGUCAGGUUGGCGGAAUCUGGGUCAACUGCAUGACCGACAAAGCUCAGGGUGACAUGUAUAUUGCGACUGGGUUCGAGAAAUGGAUGCGCUCCCCAGACGUCGGUGCCGAUUACAGUCGCCCGGAUGUAUGGGAUGUGCUUGGUAAUCAUCAUCGUGCCUCUGAUCAGUUGUUUCUGACUGAUAUAUUUAUCUUCGACUCGACAAACAGCAAGUUAAUGGAGGUCAUUCUAGGCAUCAACUACCACAAAGUGCCGAAAGCAUCCAUGCGCAAGAUUCUCUCCAGACUCACUGUCUCCGAGCAUUCAGAAAAGACGGCGUCCGUCAAAGCUGAGCCAGUACUGCCUAUGGCAAAUGAUGUUGUAACUCCACAGAAACCAAAGUUAGAUGAGACGCCCAAGCCAAAGAAGAAGGCCUCCGGUGGCCCCGACGUUGUCAUGAAAAUCAGGGCUCUCCUCGCAGAGAUCUCUGGGCUCGAACCGGAUGCUAUCCAACCUGAUGCUCAGCUUGCCGACAUUGGCAUUGAUUCCCUCAUGGGAAUGGAAUUGGCGCGCGAGCUUAACGGAAUGUUCAAAUGUUCUCUACCAAGUGAGGAGUCGGUCAACGUGGCUGACUUCAGCGGGCUGGUCCGACUUAUUCAAGACACCCUGGGUCUGGCUGGUGCUGACCUAACUGAAGGGGGAAAUCCAUCCGAGAGCAGUCAAAGCGAUGCCAGUUCCAUAUUCACUCCUUCUCACACCGUCUUGACGUCGGUUUCGGACGCAGAAGACAAUACGAUGAGUGACGAAAAUUACAAUACUACCAAGGGACAUCUGAACGGCUCAAUCUCUCCUGGACCCGGUGACAGCCUUGAACUACCUUCUUCUAUGAUUAUCGAAGCAUUCGAAGAAUCCAAGAGGCUUACGGAUCAGUUCAUUGCCGACUACCGAUGUGCAGGCUGGGUUGUCCCCUCCGCACGUCUAAAGCAGGGCAGAGAUUGGAACGGAUUGAAUAUGUUCCCCAGCACCAGCGGCUGGCGGAGUAUCUUCACAAGAUGUUGGAACAGGAAGCACGAAGCACGACUGAUCGAUAUGGAAGGUUCGCAAAUCACACGCACUGCCAUCACAGCUCCUUCUAAGACCAGCGAGGUGGUUCUGGCCAACCUCCUGCAUGACUAUCCCGACCAUGAGUGA